AGCUCCGAGGGCGGGUUGACCGCCUUCGAUGGCAGAAUCCCCAGUGCCCCGGAGCGGCUCGCAUCACUGUGGUUGUGCCAGCUGGAGCUUUGUCUCCCAUUCUGUUUCAUUCCAACCUCAACUUUGAGUGAUUACGGCGGCCUCCUUCAAACACCUUCGUUUAAGCCGAUUGACGCUAUCAUCCCACCAUGGCCGAUCGAUUCCCCUCGUUGGAGGACUUCUCUGCGGGCCAAACAGAUGUGGUCGAGACCAACGGCGCAGACAACGCUGACGACUUUCUCGCUCGCGAGCGUGCUCUCCUAGGAGAGGAUGCAGAACAAUUCGCUACUCCCAAUGAUGCUACUGCGGCUGCAGGAGCAAUUGUUGCGGAUGACGACGACCUGAUCGGUGGAGACCUCCCGCAAGGCGGCCCUUCAGAAGAGAUCCCCGGCUUCGAAUCAUCCUUUCCCGCCAUAGAAACACAGAAUGAGCAAGUCGCCCCCGGUGGUACCAUCACUGGAACCGGCGCGCCCUUCCCAGCGACCGGAUACUCAAGCUACAAAGAGCCAGAGGAGGAACCCGAGCCUGUCCGGGAAUGGCGUGAGAGACGUGAUGCAGACAUCGCCCGCCGUGCUGAACUCGCCGAAGAGAAGAAGGCUGCUACAAUCAAGAAGGCCCAGGAGGACAUUGAUGACUUCUACGUUUCAUACGGUAACAAGGCCGACAAGCUCCGCGCCCAGACUGCGUCUGAAGCGGAACAGUUCCUCGCCAGUCGUGAGGAUACCGCUUCAGGGGGUACCAGCUGGGAGCGGAUCGCCAAGCUGGUCGAUGUGUCUGGAAAAGGCAGCAGGGGAGGUGCCAGUGGCUCUGGGAAGGAGCGGUUCCGCGAGCUGUUGCUUGAUCUGAGGAAAGACCAGAAUGCUCCUGGGGCCAGCGGAGUCUAAGCGUGA